AUGACUUCUACACAACUUUAAAAAUACUCACUGAUGGAUAUAUUGAUGAUUUUUUUUUAAAAAGAUAAGUUGAUUUUUAAAUACUCUAAACACAGAUAGUCUAUUUAUUCUCAAGAAAAGAUAAUAAAUAGACCAAAAAGAAGUUGAGAAUUUAGAGAGAUCAUUUUCUGUAAUAAACUAAAACCAAAAAACCAAUUAAUUCUUCCAGAAAAAAAAAAAGGGUAAUGCUAAUAAUUAUGACAAUAGAAUCUUUUUAAUAAACUUACUAAAGCCCAUUUAAAUAGACGAUACAGAAGAAUCAAAAUAAUUAGGUAUUUCCUAAUAAGAAUCCAACAUUGAUCCCUAUAUAGACCUAAAUAGAUAUUGCAAUUUAUGUAAAGUUGUCUUUAAAAGUAAGACAAGAUUAAAACAACAAAUUACAAAAAAACACCAUUCAAACUUGUAAUAAAAAAAAAUAAUAAUUUUUGUUGAAUCAAUUCAGGUAAGUCAGAUCUGUGCUGCUGACCAUAAUUACAAAAGCACAAAAACCAAAACGAGCAUAUGCUUGUAAACUAUAAAAUUAUAAACUCCAAAUUAAUUAAUCGUCCUCACAUGGAACGUAUCCUCAAUGAAAUAUGAUACUCUAAAAACUGUCAAAUAAACAGGAGCACAUAUAAUGUGCUUUCAAGAAACAAGAAAAGAAAUACUAAACUUCCCUUCUUUUACAUAUUAUAAUAGAUUAGGAAAAGAAAAUCAUACCAGGGGAGGUGGGAUAGCAAUCGGAGUUCACAAUUAAUUCUUCACGAAAGAUAUUUCAAAUAUACUCCCUCAAAUAGACAAAUAAUUAGAAAUGGUAACUGAUCUAAAUAACUUGAUAAAGACUAGAAAUAUUCGUAUUGAAUAUCUACUCACCAAAAAAACCAUUUUUCUAAAAAUCAAAAGCCAUUUUUAUUGUCAUCUAUCAAUCGAAAAUCUAAUUGCUGUAAAUAAAAGAUCUAGUGCCAUAAACCUAGCAUGCUUUUAGCAGAAUUAUAUAAUCAAAAGUAAUAAAAAGGAAAACAGACUGCCUACUAAUUAACGCGGAUUUUAAAGCUAAGAGCACUUUUGA